AUGAAGUUCCUCACCACCAACUUCCUCAAGUGCGCCGUCCCGGCGUGUGACUCCAGUAAUGACAACUUUCCACUCCACUACAUUGGCGAAAAGUGCCAGCUACAACAAGACGAAUCGCUGGAAUUCAAUGCACAGUUCCUGCUCCGUAUCCUAGACCGCGUCGAUUGGAACGCCGUUGUGGCGGUAGCUCAUGACCUAGGUAAUUCUUCUCUACCAGCUGCGAAACCAGAAUUACCUAGGGAGCCCGAACAGCUGUCCGAAGAACAAAUGGUGAUUCUGCGUGACCUCCACACUUUAUUUGUUCAAACCAGCAUUGCCGAAGGUGAGAUGCAGUGUAGAAACUGCGGACAAAUUUAUUAUAUAAAGAACAGCAUUCCAAAUCUCUUGUUGCCUCCACAUCUAGCCUGA